AGCUGUUGUGGUUAAUUUCAAAGAUAGCCGAGUUAAAAAACGUCUGAAACAGCAAAUUCCUAAAAAAAAAUAUAAUUUUAUCAAUGGUUGGCAAAUCCAGAUUUCUGAAGUAAAUUUUUAGACUAUUAGUUGUAAGUUUUAAUAGAAGUUUACCUUCAACAAUGGAUUCAUUAAAACAAUAUCUUAAAAUACAAAGGACCGAGAAUGAAACUGUGAAAAAUGAAAUUAUGACAAAACUCGACGAACUUCUUCAUCCUUUGGAUGUUCCCAUGAAUAAAUGUAAUAUAAAGUCAACCAAAUAUAGCAACUACAUAUCUGACCUUUGCCAAUUAGAACAAAAAAUCAAUCAUAAAUUAACUGAAAUUAAUUAUGACUUGAAAAAAUUUAAAAUACAGAAUAAAUGUCCAGAAUGUGAUCCUUCGUUAAUGAAAAACUCAAGAUCAGAUGAUUUUUUAGAUAAUAUCGAAACAUUAAAGGCUUAUUCUAAUAGAUUAAUCUCGAAAUUGGAUAAGUUACGAGAAAAACACAAUGAAAAUACAGACAAUCAGCUUAUUCACGUCAAAAAAACUGAAAAUAAAUCAAGUAUGUGUGUCAAAAAGAUAUCUCAUAAGGACCAAGAUUCUCUAAUAGAUUUUGAUUCAAGUUAUUCUUGCGAAGGUGAUAUAUGUGGAGAAUUAGUGGAUGGGCCUACUGUACAAGAACUAUGUGAUAAUGAACUCUGUGAGGAUAAAGACAAAAGAGGCAUCAGUUUCGAUCUAUUGAAUUCAACUCCAAUUUGUAAAGAUAAAGAAAAUAAAGACAUACUUGCUUCUCAAGGGUCUCACCCAGAAUUAGAAAAUGAAUUCAUUAUAAAUUCUUCCUCAACUGAAGAACAUAAAGAUUAUAAAUUUGUAGAUAUACUUUCUCAAGAUAUUAAAAUGAUAGACACAUCAGUUUCCAAGCCAGGAGUGGAAGUGAAGAUGGAGUACGAUUUGAAAAAUGAACUGAUUGCACUUGAAGAUAUUCCUGUCACACAAAAAGACAUUUCAAUAGAUGAACCACUUUUGGCAAAUUCUAGCCAAUAUCAAGAUCUAAUUCAGAAUAUCAAUGAUAUUAUCGUUAAGCCCGCUCCAGAUGAUAAUAAAAAAAUGGAAUCACAAGAUGCCAGGUCAAAUCUAUCAGACGUUAUGUGGAAAAAUAUCAAUGAACUGGAUUCAACCUUACCUAAGAACAGUAUAGUCUCUGAAAACAUUGAAACUUCAUUGAGUAACAGCCCAAGAUCAUAUGAAGCAAGUGCUAAGCCAUGUGAUGUGAAUAUUUCUGAUGAGAAGAAAAUUGAAUUUGAUGAAAAAUUAUUCAAUUUGCUUGAACUGGAAAGUGGUCCAAGUAGUUAUUAUGAUUCUGAAAGUGACUCUGGAGUUCUACCAAGCUCUGAUUCCUCCUUGGGAAUCAAAGAGAAGUGUAUCAGUGGACUAGUAGAGAAUCAAAAUUUAUGUGAUUCUUCCAAAGAAAACUAUUACAAACUGAUCAAGAAAGAAGAUAAUAAGAACAAAUUAUUUGAAAGAUUAGAAAACGAAAAACCUUCGGAAAAGGAUAGUGAUGAGAGGAACAAAGAAAAAUUAAUUUAUGAGCCAAAGCCUGAUAGUUGUAAACCAUCAUUUAGUGCCAAUGAAAAAAUACGGAAAUUGGGAUUAGAAGACCGCAAGACACUAUUCGAAAGGACCAGGAAGAGUGCAGUCUUGCCAGACCUUACUCUGAAACCAUCUGAGUCAUCUCUGUCUGAAGUUCAAAAAUCGAAACAUGUUAAAAAAAAAAAGAACAAGAACAAGAAAUUUGAAAUCCCAGGUAGUGACAUCCCUACUUAUGGUAUGGGUUGUGUUUUUAGCCAUGUUGAGUCACCUUCAGAGUUUUAUAUACAUCUGGACACCGAAGAAUCUAAACUGAUCGAUAGUUUAAACGAUAUGAUAACGGAACAUUACAAGAAUACAAAAAUACACUACCGUUCCAAAGAAGAAGCUUCUCGAGCCUUAGGAACGUUCUGCUGCGCUUACGUCAAGGAUGACAAUAUGUUUUACAGAGCAGAAAUUAUCAAUUGGUUUUUUGAAGAAACUACCAAACAUGUUUUAAUUCAACUGGUUGACUAUGGAAAUGAUGUUCUCGUUCCUCUUAAAUAUUUAAGGCCCCUUACUGAAGAAUUCAGUUUGUUGCCAAGACUUGCUGUUAAGUGUUACUUUCCUUUCUUGUAUCCACCUGGAUCUACAAAAAAUAAUCUACUGAUUGAAUGGCCCAAUUCUACAACAGAAGCUCUAUUUGAUCUAAGUGGUUUGGGUUUGGAAAAUAAUAAGGCCAUUUUCAAGAUUUCUCAUGUCCAGGUGGAAAAGCAUCAAAUUGGCAUUGACAUGUACCAAGUAAACGGACAGAAUGAUAUUAUGAUAGGACAACUUCUGAUAGAUUUAGGACAUGCAGUAGAGAUCAUUUUACCAGAAGAUGAUCCGAUGGGAAUUUUAUCUGAUGAAGAGGAAAUAGAGAACUUAGAAAAUUGUGAUAAUCUCAACGAAGUCGUAAUAGGUUAUGAUCCAAAAGACGAGGCCAGAAUAUGCAAGUUUACUAAACAUGACGGAGCAAAAUGUUUCAAAAGGAGUUGCAAGUUGGAACAUGCUAAAUUCAGCAGAGGUGGAUAUACAACCGAUCAAACUCUAACCUAUGCAGAUGCGUUGAAUGAUUUGAAAUUACCGAAACCAGGCGAUAGGAUAUCAAUAAGGUUUACAACAUUCCUUGAGGCAACACGUUAUUUUAUAAAUCUCACUCGUUAUGCUGAAGAUAUUAGAGAACUGGAAAGAACAAUAAAUCUCCCUUCAAACUGCAAUAAUUUCGAACCUUUCAAAGUUUUUCCAGCGUUUGGUGAAAUCGUUUUAGUGAAACACUGGCAAAAACGAUGGUUGAGAGCAAAAGUUAGACAUCAUCUCUUCAAUGAUAAGGGCAAAUGUACCGGUGUUCAAGUUUUCAUUGUUGACUACGGAGAUAUAAUAGAUGUACCUUUGGCUUACGUCAGACAAAUCAAAGCAGAAUAUUUAAAUCUUCCCUUCCAGGCAAUUGAAUGUAUCUUACAUGGAUAUAAGGACAGUGGGAAUUUCGAACGGAAAGAUAUAGAUAGAUUCUUCUACGAAAAUUUGGUUUUUAGAAACUUUAAGGCUGAAAUCAAAGCUGUGUCUGACAUGCAAUUGAGAGUUAAUCUAUUUUAUAAGGAUAGAAAUCUUGGAGAUAUUCUGAAAGAAUACGGCUUCUUGGCUGAGGUUGAUGAAGGAGUUCCUAUGCCACACCCUAAAAGUGUGAUUAUUCCUGGUUGAAACAAAAAAAACUCCACUAUAUUUGAUAAUUGUUUUGAUAUUAUGUUUAGAAUCGAACGUUAAGUUUUUGUACUACAAAUAUUUUUUUUAUUGUAUAACGAAUAUAUGUUUUGAUAUUUU